AUGUCUGCCUCGGAUAUCGACGUGCUUGUGAUUGGUGCAGGCCCGGUCGGCUUAGUCUCCGCGCUCGCCCUUGCGCAGAAUGGCGUGUCAAUCCGUAUCGUCGACAAAGCUAGCAACCUCAACAUUGGACAGCGCGGAUCUGGGCUCAUGCCUCGUUCUCUAGAGGCGUACAAGUUUUUGGGUGUCCUCGAUGACUACGUCGCGAAGGGCUCAUACCACCGUUUCACCAUGAGAACAUACGACAAGGACGGGAAACCGAUCAGAGAUACAACCCUCAGUGAGGAUGCACCAGUGACACCUGAAGUACCUUUCCCCAUCCCGCUUACGCUCGGUCAGGAUAGCAAUUGCGCUAUCCUUCGCAAGUAUCUCAAGGCCCUGGGGGUGGAGGUUGAGCUCGAAACCGAGAUGGUGACAUAUGUGCAAGAUAACUCGGGCGUCACUGCGACACUCAAGAUUGGCGAGCGUGAGGAGAAGGUCAGGUCCAAGUUCCUAGUUGGAACCGAUGGCGCAAAAGGCAUCACGCGUCGUACCGCAGGCAUUCACUUUCAGGGGAAGACCGAGGAGGACAUCAAGGCUGUCAUCGGCGAUGUCGAGAUCUCAGAUGUCCACGGCUCGCCGAAUGCGUUGGAGCGGUCGGUCUUACAUGCAUUCACCGAUGAGAGGCAGAACCGCUUCAUGAUACGCCCCGUCCCGGAAGACCCGAACGUCUAUUUCGCCUUCAUCGGCGGACCUGACAUCGACAACCGCCGCGUGAUGGCGGAUCUCGAUUACAUGCACGAGUGGCUUCGUCGCCUUUCGCACCAUCCGGAGCUCGUUGUCUCCAAGAUCUACACGAUCGCUGAAUGGCGCCUCAAUGAGCGAGUCGCUGAUAAGUUCAGGGCUGGUCGUGUACUGCUCGCAGGAGACGCGGCUCACUGUCACAGUCCUACCGGUGGACAGGGUAUCAACAGCGGUGUUCUCGACGCGAUGAACAUCUCGUGGAAGCUCACAUCGGUCAUCAAGGGCUGCUCUCCGCUCACCUUGCUCGACACAUACGAGGAGGAGCGUAUGCCCGUCAUCCGCGAGAUGUUGCGCAUGACUACGGACAUCGCGGACCGGACGUUCAAGCUCAACGACCCUACGGCGUUUUCGCGUCCACUUGCUCUGCGUCAACUGGGCGUGCACUAUCGCUGGAGCUCCAUCAUCAUCGACGAUCUGCGCGAAGGAGACCUUAUUCUGGAGAGCACCAGCGUCGAGCCGGAGGACGUGUACGGAAACGAGACUCCUGAUCGACUGCAUGCCGGAGACCGAGCGCCUGAUGCACCUGAACUCGUGAACGUCAAGACGAGCGAGGACACGCAGCUCUCUUCAAGCCAACGCACCACACUAUCAUUGUCUUCGAUCCUUCGUCGAUCAAGGACGUCCUCGCCCUCACCUCCUCCUAUCCUCCCGCCUUGUUCCACAUCGUUGCCGUUUUAG